GGCUUCGGGGAUGGGACUUCUGGGACCCGCGCUGGAGGCGGACUGAGGACUUGGGUGUUGGGGUACUCUAGAUUCCGGGGCCCUUCCCUACAGUCAGUCGCUUCCCUUGCGUCUCCCGGAGCUCUUUUUGGAGCGUUCAGGACCUUCAGCUGCAGGUUGCAGCUGUCCUGCAGAGCCGGAGCCGUCUGCGAAGGCUGUGGGUGCUGGACCUCCAGACAUGAGCGUGGGUUUCAUCGGGGCAGGGCAGCUGGCUUUUGCCCUAGCCAAGGGCUUCACAGCAGCAGCUUUGAGGGAAGAAUUCUGUUUCCUGCAGGUGUUCUGGCAGCUCACAAGAUAAUGGCCAGCUCCCCGGACAUGGACCAAGCCACGGUCUCUGCCCUCCGGAGGAUAGGGGUGAACCUGACAGCCCACAACAGACAGACAGUGCGCCACAGCGAUGUGCUCUUCCUGGCUGUGAAGCCACACAUCAUCCCCUUCAUCCUGGAUGAAAUUGGUGCUGACAUCGAGGACAGGCACAUCGUGGUGUCCUGUGCGGCAGGUGUCACCAUCAACUCCAUUGAAAAGAAGCUGACAGCAUUCCAGCCAGCACCCAAAGUCAUCCGCUGUAUGACCAACACCCCAGUGGUGGUGCGGGAGGGUGUUACUGUGUACGCCACGGGCACUCAUGCUCAGGUGGAGGAUGGCAGGCUCGUGGAGCAGCUCAUGGGCAGUGUGGGCUUCUGCACAGAGGUGGAGGAAGAUCUGAUCGAUGCCGUCACGGGGCUCAGUGGCAGCGGCCCUGCCUAUGCUUUCACCGCCCUGGACGCUCUCGCUGAUGGUGGAGUGAAAAUGGGACUUCCAAGACGCCUGGCUGUCCGCCUGGGGGCCCAGGCCCUCCUGGGGGCAGCUAAGAUGCUACUAGACUCAGAACAGCAUCCAGGCCAGCUCAAGGACAAUGUCUGCUCUCCUGGUGGGGCCACCAUCCAUGCCUUGCAUGUGCUGGAGAGUGGGGGCUUUCGCUCCCUGCUUAUCAAUGCUGUGGAGGCCUCCUGCAUCCGUACACGGGAGCUGCAGACCAUGGCUGAUCAGGAAACUGUCUCCCCUGCUGCCAUCAAAAAGACUGUCCUGGACAAGGUGAAACUGGAUUCCUCUGCUGGGGCCGCUCAGUCUUCUUCUGGCCAUAUUAAGUCACUGCCCUGCAGCCUGGCCCCAGCAGGCAAGGAGUGACUCCUCUGCCCACAAUCCUCCUCCCUCCUGCUCUCUGCUUUAUCCCCACCCCCUUUUUCUUUUGUUGUUCUUUGUCUUUUUGUUUGUUUUCUUGAGACAAGGUUUCUCUGUGUGGCCCUUGCUUAGAACUCACUCUGUAAACCAGGCUGGCCUUGAACUCACAGUUUUUGGUGUUUGGUUUUUGUUUUGUUCUGUUUUUGCUGUUGUUGUUUGGUUUGUUUGUUUAAGCAGGGUUUUGCUAUAUAGUCCAAAUUAGCUUUAAACUUGUUUUGUUUUUUGAGACAGUGUUUCUCUGUGUAGCUUUGGAGCCUUUCCUGGAAGUCGCUCUGGAGACCAGGCUGGCCUGGAACUCACAGAGAUCCCCCUGCCUCUGCCUCUUGAGUGGUGGGAUUAAAGGUGUGUGCCACCACUGCCCUGAUAGCUUUGAACUCUUAAUCCUCCACUCCAGUUUCUCAAAUUCUGGGAUUAUCCGGGACUAUCAACAUGCCAACCUCCUUUUUUUCUUUAAGAUAGUGGCUUGAUUUGCUAUCCAGCCGAGACUCAAACUUGAGGGCUCAGGGCAUGCUCUCAUGUCAGCCCCCUCAGGUGCGCCUGCUGACACAGUUCUUCACCUUCUUCUCUCCGGGUGCUCUAGCUCAAAACCACGCAGAACAUACCCAUAGCAGGGCCUUGGUCACAGCCAGGUCAGCCGGAGGGCGGGCUGGGAAGGGGAACAUUACUUGCAACCGGGGACCUCCACCUCUUCAGCUCCCUGGGGUCUUCACGCUCCCCGGCUCCAAGGUCAGUUGGCUUAGUGUGACCACUUCCUGUGAUCCACUCACUUGUGCUUGUCUGUCCUUUCUGUGAGAACUGCCUAGUCCCCGACAUCCUAUACCUCCUUCUAGAGACUUCAUCCUCUAUCAAGGAUCCCGCUAGGCAUUUGGGAAAGGGGCUUCUCAGGUAGCUAAUGAAACUUUGGCUCACUGCUGAACUAACUCACCAAAUACUGUUACUUCUCUUCCUAUCCUUUCAGUUGAAUUAAAAAUUUUUUUCUAAA